AUGGCACAGCCGGUGCCUCAUCAGGCCACGGACAAGAAGCGCGUAAAAGUGUACGAGCUUAGGGACAACGACUGGUUCGAUCGCGGUACCGGUUUCUGCACCGCGACCUUUGCUACUACCGAAGAUGGCCGCAAAGACCCCCGAGUGAUUGUCGAGUCUGAAGACCAACCCGAACGACUUCUUCUGGAAACGAAGAUCCAAAAGGAAGAUGGCUUUCAGAAGCAGCAAGGCAAGCCCAGCCCAUCUUGA